AUUAACAAGAUAUAUAGCUUGAGGGAAAUAUAUCAUGACAAGGGGCUCGUUUUCCCCGAUGACUUUGAUUCCACGCAGACAGUACCGCCCAUUCAUUUCGUUGAAGUCUCCGCUCCAGAUGAUGUGGAUAUCGACGAUCUGAAAAGGGUCAAAGUGCCUGAUGGCCUGACGAUUGAGAUUCACGAUUAUCACUUCUAA